AUGAAUCAAAUUAAAGAUUACUUUUCAAAUUGGUUUGGAUCUGAAGAGGCAGAGAUUACCGGUGAGAUUCCAUCACCGCAAUGGGAGAUCAGUGGAGAGAACUUUUCAUUGGAUGGUCCAAUACCUGUUGAUGCUAGCAGCGAAGAUAAAUAUAUAUGUAGAUGUGGUCAGUCAAAGAACUAUCCUUAUUGCGACAACUCUCAUCUCAGCUACAAUCAGAACAACGGUACAAACAUAGGCCCACUGAAAAUCAAUCAAGAGAAAGACAGAGUUGUUUACGUAUGUCGAUGUGGUCACUCAAAAGAAAGACCUUUUUGUGGUAUGAAUAAGAAUGAUCAUGAGAAUGUUAUAGAUUAUGUAUUUGUUGUUAUGGUAUUUACUACUUUUGCGAUCUUUGGUGCAAAAGCAUAUGAAACUCAUUAA